CGACAUUCGGGUCGAUUCAGCAGUAUUGAAGCAUCAGGCGCGGCGGAUUUCAUCCUCGACUCCCCGCAGCGAGCGCCGCUGCUUCGAGUAUUCACUCACUGGGAUAAGCGGAGCUCUAUGGGAAGGCGGUGAUUGGAGAUCCCAAAGACAAGAUAUGUGAAGUUGUGGAGAGUCUUAAUGCAGAUUUGCUGGUGAUGGGCUCCCGAGACUUUGGUGCUAUCAAAAGGAUGUUCUUGGGGAGUGUAAGCAACUAUUGUGCAAACCACGCACAAUGUCCUGUCAUUAUAAUCAAGGGAAAGGGAAAGGAGGAGGAAACUUCUUCAUAGACAAAUAAGACAAACAGAUGAAGUCGAGAGAGCUAUAUCGGAUUUGAUUACAUGGAGUCAGUUCUCUUUUCGACUUCAUGAAGGAAGACAACUAUAAGCGAGAAACCUUUUGUACUUGACAUGCCUGUUUUCAUCUUUAAGAUAUAACUAAUUUCUGUUUGUUGUGUUGUUCUUGCGUUGUUGCAAAAUAUUUACUGGUCUACACUGUAACUUGGAAGAUUUAAUAUGGAAUCGAG